CUGCACUGCGCCCCUGGUUCCCGGCCCGGCACCAUGCCCCCGGCCCCGCACCGCCGGCCCCGGCCGAGCACCACCCAGCCCUCCCGAUUUUCCCGGACAUGCCCGGCUUUUGGGGAUUUCCCCCCGGACGGGGAUUUGAGCCCCCAAAAGCCGGACAUGUCCGGGAAAAUCCGGACGUAUGGUAACCCUAAUAGCACCAGCCUUCUCAGGAUCUCAAGCUGCUUUGCAAACACUGAUGUGUUACGCCCCUCAAACCUCUGUGAGGUUAGUCAGUAUUUUCCCUGUUGUUUUUUUACAAAAAGGGGAAACUGAGGCAAAAAGCAGUGAGGUGACUUUCCCAAGACAAAGAGUGAGGUUGGAGGCUGGUGUAAAGCAUAGGAGAAACAUUUUCAAAAACUCCUAAGUGACGUAAGUAAAUAAAUCCCAUUAUAUUUUUGAAAAUGGGACCUAGGGUACAUCUAAAAGAACCCAUGGGAGCACGUCUUAGAGCCCAUGUCAACUCAGGGCUCAUGGGGGCUCAAAAUAACAGUGUAAAUGUUCCUACUCGGGCUGAACCCCGGCUUUGAGGGGGACAGUUUCAGAGCCCAGGCUCCAGCCGGAGCAAGAAUGUCUACACUGCUUGUAACCCCCUAGCACAAGCCUGAGUCAGUUAACCCAGGUUCUGGGAUUGGCAGCCAUGGGUGGGUUUUUGCAGUGGAGAUGUACCCUUAGGCACCUAAGUCACUUAAGCACUUUUGAGAAUGUUACCAUAGAUCUGCUGAUUUUGAGUCCUUAAUCCCAAGAGAAUCCUUCAUCUAAACUGACAGUCCUGCAACGCUCCCGUUUUCUGCACAAGAACAUUUCCCUGGCUCCUGGGGAAGGGUAUAGGUGUGUGUGUCUUUCCUCCGGGCACAAGUAUUGACUCUCCAGGACACUGAUACUCAGGCCGAGGCUCGAGAGCUGCAAGUGGCUCUUUAAUGCGUCUCCUGUGACUCUUUGCAGCACAUGAUAUUAAAACACUGUGAUUUAAUUGUUAACCAAUCAGGAUGCUUUUACUAUUUCAUUAACCAAUUAUGUUAUUAACUUGCACUAAGUUAUUAACAUAUUUGCUGUCAGAAUUAUAUACAGAAACUAAAUAGUUCCCCUGCCAGACUGUUUAAAUAUGCCUAUAGAGCACUAUAAUAAAUGAAACCAUGAAUUCACAUGACCGUGACCCUUUUGGGUAAUGUUGAGUGCGAAUCUGGCUCCUGAACUACUGAGAUCUGAGUAUCACUGCUCUAGGGUGUGAUUUAGGAGCUUGCAGAGCAAAGGACUUUCUGGGCACAAUGCCAGGGGAGGAGGGAAUCCACACCCACUCCUGUCAAACCCAUUGCUGAGCAGCCGAAAGUGAAACUCACUUUGCUUCUGUUGCCCGGAGAAAGAAUCAUGGCUCAGGCUGCCGUGAAUCUGACUGAAGAUCUGCAAAACGAAGCCACUUGUCCCAUCUGCCUGGACUCUUUUAAAGACCCAGUGAUCACAGAGUGCAGCCACAAUUUCUGUAGGGCGUGCAUCAGUGACUACUGCAAGGAAUCCCCAAGAAACCUCCCCUGUCCUCAGUGCAGGAAGACAAUCCAGCCAAGGAACUUCAGGCCUAACCGGCAGCUGGCGAACAUGGUAGAAAUAGCUGUGCGGCUCGGGGUCGAAGCAGCAAAGAAAGCGCAAGAGAUUGUGUGCGAGGAGCACAAGGAAUCUUUGAAACUCUUCUGCGAACAAGACCAGAGACCGAUCUGUUUGGUGUGCAGGGAGUCCCAGGCGCACAGGGGUCACACGGCGGCUCCAAUCGAGGAGGCAGCGCAGGCCUACAAGGAAAAACUUCAGAGCAAUUUGUGUUUCUUACAAAAAGAGAGAGAAGAAUUUGAACCGUCUGGAGAAGAGAAAAGCGACGAACUGCUGAGACAGACAGAAUCAGAGAGACGGAAGAUUCUGUUGGAAUUUGAGCAGUUGCAUGAGUUUCUGAGUGAACAACAGUGCCUUCUUCUGGCGCAGCUGGAAGUGAUAGAUGAGGAGAUUUUAAAGAGGCGGAAUGAAUAUGUCACCAAAGUGUCAGAGAAAACGUUACUACUCAAUGAACUGAUCAGCGAGAUACAAAGGAAAUGUUCCCAGCCGGCGACAGAAUUCCUUAAGGAUGUUGGCAGCACCUUGAGCAGGUGUGAGUGUGUGAAGGUCCCAACUCCAGAGCCCGUUUCUCCCGUGCUGAAGAAGAGAGUCAGCGACUUCUCUGAAAAUAAUCACCUUGUAAUGGGGGUGCUGGCCAUGUUCAAAGAGAAUCUGCGAGCUCAGCUGGAUAAAGAAAAAGUCAACGUGACUCUGGAUCCAGAAACAGCAAAUCCCCACCUCAUCCUGUCAGAGGAUGGGAAAACCGUGAGACUCGGAGCGGGGCGGCUGGAUGUGCCUGCCAAUCCCAAGAGGUUCAUGUCGAGCCCCUGUGUCCUGGGCUCUGAGGGAUUCACAACAGGGAGACACUAUUGGGAGCUGGAGGUCGGAGAUGGGGAUGGCUGGGCUGUGGGGGCUGCCAGAGAGUCUGUGGAGAGAAACAGGCCAUCAACACUUCAGACGAAAGGGAUUUGGGCUGUACGUCUGGGCUGGGAUCGUCAAUACGCAGCUCUCACUUUCCCCCCGACCCCUCUCUCACUUGACGAGAAGCCCAGGAAGAUUCGAGUUCACUUGGACUACGAAGAGGGGCAAGUGACUUUUUACAACGCAGAGAACAUGGCCCAAAUCUUCAAUUUCUCUGCCUCUUUCAAUGAGAAAAUCUUCCCUUACUUUUGGCUUUGGUCCCCAGAAGCAUGCAUCCAGAUGUGCCCCUGAUGGUAUCAAGUUUCUAACAGUGGCUCUCACAUGAGAACUCCUGCACACUUGGCUGCAGCUGGAGAAAGAGAGGAUUCAUUAAAAUAACGCUAGCUAAUCAAACGCUCGGAAAUGA